GGCCCUUUUUAAGGAAUUUUGCAGUCACCCCUUCUUUAAUUCUCUGAUUAUCUUUCUCGUGAAUCCUUUUUCCCCUUUCCUUCACUUAUUACUCUCUCUCUUCUCUGUUCUUUUUAUAUUUCCACAACCAUUUUCAAAAUUCUAGUAAGUCCUAUAUGCCGCUUUUAUUUGUUUUGAUUCAAGAAAGACCCUUUAACUAAAAACUAGCUUUUGAGUUGAAAAAAGAAGUAAUUUGGUAAGGACCCUUUUGGAUAUUUGGGAGUUUCAGAAUCAUGGGAAGUUGUGGAAGAAAUGGGGGUGUAAGGCAGUACGUGAGAUCAAAAGUGCCUCGUUUGAGAUGGACUCCUGAUCUUCAUCGCUGUUUUGUUCUUGCUAUUGAGAAACUUGGUGGUCAAGAUAAGGCUACUCCAAAACUGGUUUUGCAAAUGAUGGAUGUAAGAGGCCUAACCAUUUCUCAUGUUAAAAGCCAUCUUCAGAUGUACAGGAGCAUGAGGAUUGACGCUGCAAGACAGACUGGUGAUAGAAUCAUUCAUCAACAACAGCAAAGAAAACCAUCUUCUUAUUAUGAUCAUCUCCAUAGAAGUGGUAUUGAAAAUGAUCCCUUGGGAAGAUCAUAUCCUCCAUUCAUUUACACUUCUCCACCAAUGAAAAGAGCAAGAAUCGAGAAGAUGGAUGGUGCAAAUAUUGAUGAUGAUCAGAAAUGUAGCAGCAGCCAAGGAAUUAUUAUUGAUCAGUCAUCAUCAGUAGUAAUAAAUCCGUACGGUGAUGACGAAAAUGAGGAGAAGAGAAUAAUAAUAAUAAAGGAAAAAAUUAGGCAUGAUGAAACAUCAACUCCUCCUCCUCCAACAACAACAACAACAACAAGCUGCUGCAUUCCUUUCUUUACUCUGUCCCAAGAAGAAAAUCUGGUUCAAACCCUUAAUCAUCCAUUGGAACAAGAAGAAUCUCAUCAUCAUAUUUUCAAGGCUACUGAAGAAGGGAAAGAAUUUUUUGAACCGGAGGGAAGUCGAAAGCCGAAAAUCAAUGAGGGUGAAGAAGAAACUGAAGGGGAAAAUGGGCUUUCAUUGUCACUCUCAUUGCAUCCUUCAACACAGACCAGCAUCAACAUUUCUUCAGCUGGAAGUGAGAUAAGCGAGGCCGCGAACUGUUGCCAGUAUUCUUCGUCUAGGAAUCAAUAUUGCUGUGACUACUUAGGUCUAUCAUCAUCAUCUUCAUCAUCUGUUACUGUUAAUCUAGAGCUAUCUAUGGCAUUAUGAUCAUCUUUGGUACUCAAUGAUGUUUAACCUAUUCUUUUUGCGGAGGAAUGUAAUAUAAACUGAUGAAAAUUUGAACCAAUUAUUUAUGCAACGUUUACUGA